AUGAAUUUGAAUAUUGAAAGUCAAAAUGAAGUUACAGAAAACUCAGAGCAGACUGAUCCCAUGAUAGUAUUAGAAGAAGCAUUAACUCUAUGUAAAUUUGGUAAAUUCCAUUUGCGACUUUUAUUUGCGUCGUUUUGCGCCAUCAUGGCCGCUAUUUCUGUAGUAACUACCUCCUCGUUUAUUCUACCAAUUGCCGAAUGUGACUUAAAUAUGGAUAUGAUGCUAAAGGGAUGGUUAAACUCUAUGCCAUUUGUAGGUCAAAUUGGAGUCAGUCUUUUUGUUGGCUUCUUAGUAGACACAUUUGGUCGUCGUAUUUUUCUAAUAACCGGAAACCUUGGCAUAUUCAUAACUGGCUUACUUGAAGGGACAAGUCAGACAUAUUGGAUGCUUGUGAUUGUGAAAAUGCUUCAAGGUAUCGCUAUGAGUAUAACAUAUGCAGCAAUAUCAACAAUGCUGUCAGAGUUCAUUCAGAAGGAAUUGAGAGACAGAAUUUUAUUAAUUUUCGGUGGCUUCAUGUCUAUUUCGAUUAUUGUGUUAUCUCUUAUGUCUUGGGCAAUUUUACCACAAACACAAUUAAAUAUAAGUUUAUGGAAUGGAUAUUUUGAAAUUCAUUCGUGGAACAUUUACCUAUAUGUAUGCUCAAUAUGGAGUUUUCUAGCUUUUAUCAUGUAUUAUACAUUACCAGAAAGUCCGAAAUUUUUACUCUCUGACGGUCAUAACGAAAAGGCACUGGAUGUUCUGAAGUAUAUAUAUCAUGAAAAUACGGGAAAACCUAUUGAUACAUUCCCCAUAAAACAUUUAAAAUGUGGCAUUCCAAAUAAAUUAGAUAGAGAUAAAAAAAUCAAUUUCAAGAAACAAAUAGUGAACAGUUUGUUUGAAGUGAAGCAUCUGGUCGAUAAAGUAGUUGUUUACCGACUCAUUUUAAUGUGUGGCAUGACGUUCGUUUAUUUGUCUACAUACACUUGCCUGCGAUUAUGGUACCCACAGAUAUCAACGACAGUAGAACAUUAUUAUAAUGAUCACGGAUAUUCGUCGCGCUUCUGUGAAAUGAUAAAUUACAGAAAUAACCAGAGUAUAAGCAACGCAGAUGUAACACACCCAGAUAUUUGCGAGCCGCAAGUGAGUGGCUCUGAAACAUAUAUGAAUUCCAUGCUUUUGGGUAUAACUGGACUGGUUUUUGUUGGAGUAGCCAGUGUUUUAGUGCACUGGGUAGGACAUAGACUAUUGAUCUUUGUAGUACAAUUAUCCUGCGCCGCAUGCGCAAGCAGUUUGUACUAUACGAAUUCUUCAACACAAAUUGCCUUCCUCAUAUCUUUUAUUUGUGCAUUUAAGCAAGCUAAUGGAUCGUUACAAUCGAAUAUUCUUGUAAGGAUAUUUCCUACGAAAUUAAGAGCUCUAACAUUCUCAAUAGUGAUGAUAGUGGGUCGACUGGGAUCACUUUUGGGAAAUAUUUUGUUUCCUAUUCUAUUAGAGAUGGGAUGUAUGGCCCCGUUCUUAACUUUAUCAGUUGCUUCACUAUGUCAAGCGAGCGUGGUUUAUUUUCUUCCCGACCUUAAUGAAGAAAACAAAACUGGUGAUAAAUAA